GACUGAACGACACCCGGCAGUCUUCUCUACAAGAUGGCAAAACGGAGGCCACCAGUCUCUUUGGAGCAUAUGGAAAAGGCUCUAGGCUAUGAAAUUCCUGUCUUGAAAGACACUAAACACAAGCGCUUUUACUCGGACCUUACAACAGUCUCUCUCGACGUCUACGAGAGAACGAAGAGGGAGUUUGAUGAAUAUCUCAGAAUAAAGCAGAGUGGCCAUGUGAAAAGUAAUUCUGAACGGCAAACCCCGCAGGCUGAAAUACGACAUACUACAACCAGUGGCCGGAGCGCCAUAGUUCUUGGACACACAGAUUGUACAGAGCUGCACAGUUUCACUGCAGACAUCCAUUGCGGUUUUAAUUUCAAUCUGCCACUGCAGUUGACCAGAGAUGAGGGAAUAGGAGCGAUGUCUCUUGUGAAAAUGCCACGCGGCAAUAAACACGUCCCAUUAUCUCGCUUUUUCAGUCUCCCUCGGGAAAUUCGCGAUGAGAUCUACUCAGGCUAUACGGUGUACGGAUUUAAAUCUACUUAAACGACAACACAAUCAUUUAUGCCCAAAACGACACAAUGACAACAACAGCGGCGGAGAGCAUAUAUAAUAACGCUAUGCAGUGGGCUGCCACCCAAGGGAUUGGAUUGGGCGGCGUCGCGCCGACCGAAAU